AUUUAUUUAUCACUCGGCUUCAUUCUGCAAAUCCUUAGAUUCUUUGAUUUCUUAAUUUCAAAUCACAGUUUUUGUUUCUGUUGCAUCGGCUAGUUCGCUUUUCGCUACCCCGCUCCACACCGCACACUUUUUCCCAACCCUGCUCUUUGCAACAUCUUCUGAUACUCUGAACAUUAUGGCUGUUCGCGCGCAAUUCGAGAACUCGAACGAGGUCGGCGUUUUCUCUUGCCUGACAAAUGCCUACGCUAUCGUUGCGGUUGGUGCUUCGGAGAACUUCUACAGUGUCUUCGAAUCCGAACUCCAAGAUGUCAUUCCCAUCUGCCACGCAACCAUCGCCGGAACCCGCAUUGUCGGUCGUCUAAUCGUCGGUAACCGCAAAGGUCUCCUCGUCCCCACAACCACCACAGACCAAGAAUUGCAACACCUGCGCAACACGCUUCCGUCCGAAGUCAAAAUCCAACGCAUAGAAGAGCGCCUCUCCGCGCUUGGCAACGUCAUUUGCUGCAACGAUCACGUUGCAAUCGUGCACCCCGAUCUGGAGCGUGAGACCGAGGAGAUCAUCGCCGACGUCCUCGGCGUAGAAGUCUUCCGCCAAACAGUAGCCGACAAUGUCCUCACAGGCUCUUACAUGGCCCUCUCAAACCAAGGUGGAAUCGUUCACCCCAAGACCUCAAUCCGCGACCAGGACGAGCUCUCCUCCCUCCUGCAAGUUCCCCUCGUGGCCGGCAGUGUGAACCGCGGAUCUCCCGUCGUCGGCGCCGGAAUGGUCGUCAACGACUGGCUCGCUAUUACCGGACUGGACACCACAGCCACCGAGCUGAGCGUUGUCGAGUCUGUGUUCCGACUCGGCGAGAUGGCGCCCGGUGGUGCCGGUGGUGCCGGUGUUAAUAAGGAUAGUAUUGUGGAGAGUUUCUACUAGAUUUGUUGCGAUCUUUCCGAUUGG